AUGACUCAAGUCUUGGGGAAGCGACGCCUGGCAGUCCAUAAUCAGGAUGAUGAUACACUAUACAUACAGACCAAGCCAUCUAUCGUCCACUCCAUCCCACCUUCAUCUUCUUCCCCACUGUCACCUCUGGAUUUGCUGAACCACUUCCCUCAAUGCUGCCUGUGUGUGUGUUUGUGUGUUGCCUCCUCCCCUGCUGAACCUCCUGUGCUCUGCAGGGCUGGGCUGCCUGUCUGUCUGUCUGUCUGUCUGCCUGCCUGCCUGCCUGCCUGUCUGUCUGUCUGCCUGCCUGUCUGUCUCAGUUGGUUCCUCACUCUGUCAGCUCUCCUCCACCCAGCUCAGAUCCUCCUCUUCGCUAACGGAAGUGCAGCCAUGGCGGCGCAGGGGCUGAAGGAAAGGUUCGACAAGUUCCUCCAGGAGAAGAACCUGAUGACAGAUGUUCUGGGCAAAAUAGAAGCCAGGACCGGAGUCCACAGGACCUACAUAGCCUUAGGUGUCAUCUGUGUCAUCUCUGUGUACUUGGUGGUGGGUUACGGAGCCUCUCUGCUGUGUAACCUCAUCGGCUUCCUCUACCCAGCCUACAUAUCAAUCAAAGCCAUUGAAAGUGCCACUAAAGACGAUGACACUAAAUGGCUGACGUACUGGGUGGUGUACGGAGUGUUCAGCGUUGCCGAGUUUUUCGCCGAUAUCUUCCUGUCCUGGUUCCCCUUCUACUACAUUGGAAAGUGUGCCUUCUUGGUUUGGUGCAUGGCCCCGACCGCCUCAAACGGAUCAGUCCUGAUAUACACGCGCAUCAUCCGACCAUUCUUCCUCAGAAAUGAAGCCAAGAUCGACGACGCGGUGAAGAACCUGAAGGACAAGGCGUCAGAAGCUGCCGACAAGUUCAAAGAUGAGGCAAAGAAAGCCACAGCCAACCUCAUGUUCGAGGAGAAGAAGAGCUCCUAAACCUGCAUCCUCCCACACCUGAGCCCGACUCCACCCACCAAAAGCGUUGCCUUGAAUUCGUCUGUUUUUGGGAGGUCCCGUUCAGUCCCCUUUAGUCUGUUAGCGUACCUCGUAUGUAUCCAAGCCAUGUCCCAGCUCAGUUAUUUAACGUUGCCUUCUGGAUGGUACUCUGUAUGAACCAAAUAAAAAACAUCCUCAAAUGGU